CUCAAUCCAUCACAUCUUACUUUUACCCAUCACAUCAAGGGCAAAAUUGAAAGUCAACUACAAUUUAACACUUCUUUAUUUUUACACAAAGUCAAAAUAGGAACACUUUUAAAAAACGGAGGGAGUAAUAAAUAAAGUUAUGGUGCUCAAAAAAUAAAGCUCGUAAAAUAAACAGUAUUGUACCUCUGAGAUGACAGCGAACCGCGGGCAUGCCCAUGGGCGCUCUUGUAGUUGCUCGUGGCCGCCAAGUCCACCAUCAUUGUGUCGUUCGCCGCCAGCAUGGCCACCAGGCCGGGGAAGGGGAAUUCGCCCCACGGCUUCUAGGGCAUGCAGGCAUAGACUGCCCGAGCUCUCGAACGGGUCCGGAAGCACGUGGACGAACCCGGUGGCCAAGAUCACGCCGGCGGCGAACGCCUUCACCAGGACGAAGAGGUUACUCUCCGGCGUGAACUCCGGAAACCUCCUCCCGGCCACCAGCGAGAUCGAGACGCCGACCGCCCGCUCGAAAGAAUGGAGGCAACGGCUACGAGCUUGUACUUCAGGGCCUCCAACCGAUGUUGGCCGUCGGCGCCGGAAUCAUCGCCGCAAUCAUUGCCGGCGGAAACCCCAGAACCGGGAAAAUGAGGAAAGGAAGGAAGAAGAACCAAGUGGAAAACUUGUUCAGGGGUAAUUAAUUAUAUUAGAAGAAGAGUGAAGAAUAUACUACUCCCUCCCUCCCAGAAAAUAUGGGAGUUUUGGUUUUAAAGAGAGAUUUAAGGGGAGUGUAUUUUGGUAUUGAAUUUCCAAAAAUGUCCUUUGAUGUGAUGGGUAAAAGUAUGAUUUGAUGGAUAGAUUAUUAGUAAAAAGGUAUGAUGUGAUAGGUAGGGUAUGAAAAAGUAAUGGGUAAAAGUGACUUUUUAAUAGAAAUGAGAAGUGUUUUUUGGAACGGAUAAAAAAAGAAAGGAGAAAGGUUUUC